CGCCCACCAACCGCAAGCCUGGCUGAAGCUACUGUGUGCCAAGAUGGCGACUUCCAUACCCUCGUAUUUUCCACACCGCCGCGUUUAAAACUGAACAGGUUUUCCACUGUCCAGCCAAGCUUGCGCAAAGGGGAACCGAGUCAUCGUCAAUGGCUGACAGAAGUGGUUUCCUCAUGGUUGCUUGGUGCGGGGAGCCGGUGUCAAUGUCGACCUAAGGGUGGGCUGUCUUCACAGAGUAUGGCCACCGAGAACAGGAUCAAUUUUUGGAGGAAAAAUGCAAAGGUUCCAGGAAGUUCACAUGUGGUCUUGUCCAGUGUGCAGCCUGUUUAUGGAGCGCAACAUCCUCCUCUUGACCCAUGUCUACGACGCUCGUAUCCCAAAGACACAAAGCUGAAGUUAAACAAUCUCAAGUCUAAAAAGAUAUCAAGCUUCCAUGAGUUUGCUCGGAGUACAAAUGAUGCUUGGGACAUUGAUGACGAUGAGGAGGAUGAUGACUUUCUUGGUGGCCCCGCCCUGUGCUCCUCCCUGCCCUCGGGAGUGCACUCUACAUUCACCCAGAAGCAGAAGCAAGAUGCGGCUGGUGCCCCACAAAGUGGGAUGUCACACACAAAAGAGGAGGACACCGAGCACGAGCUUGUGAACAGCAAGGUGGUGAAGUCGAACAGCGAGAUCCACCUCAGUACAUCCUCAGUUCGCUCCACACUGCAAAAGCAGCAGUCUCUUCCGAUUCGACCCAUCAUCCCUCUAGUGGCUCGCAUUUCAGACCAGAAUGCAUCAGGAGCCCCUCCCAUGACAGUGCGGGAAAAGAGCCGGCUGGACAAAUUCAAGCAACUGCUGGCUAGUGCCAACACUGACCUUGAGGAGCUGCGAAAGCACAGCUGGUCAGGCAUACCGAGGGAAGUCCGUCCAAUCACAUGGAGGCUCCUCUCUGGUUACCUGCCAGCCAACAAGGAGCGCAGGGAACUUGUGCUGAAAAGAAAGCGUGAGGAAUACUUUGGCUUCAUUGUGCAAUAUUACCACUCCAGAACAGAUGAGCACUACAAAGACACAUACCGACAGAUUCACAUUGACAUUCCAAGGACCAACCCUCUGAUUCCAUUAUUCCAGCAGCCUGUAGUGCAAGAGGUUUUUGAACGUAUCCUCUUCAUCUGGGCUAUUCGACACCCGGCCAGUGGUUACGUCCAGGGGAUCAAUGAUCUUGUCACACCCUUUUUUGUGGUCUUCCUGUCUGAGUUUGUCAUGGAGGACAUGGAAAACUUUGAAGUGGCUGCUCUGUCUCUCGACAUUCAGAGAAACAUUGAGGCUGACAGCUUCUGGUGUAUGAGCAAACUAUUGGACGGGAUACAGGACAAUUACACCUUUGCUCAGCCAGGAAUCCAGAACAAAGUCAAAGCUCUGGAGGAGCUGGUCAGUCGGAUCGACGAGGACAUUCACAAUCAUUUCAAAAAGUAUGAGGUGGAAUAUCUACAGUUUGCCUUCCGGUGGAUGAACAAUCUGUUGAUGAGGGAGCUACCACUGCGCUGCACAAUCCGCCUCUGGGAUACUUACCAGGCUGAAGCAGAAGGGUUCUCCCACUUUCACCUGUAUGUCUGUGCCGCUUUCCUCAUUGAAUGGCGUAAAGAAAUACUCUCCAUGGUUGACUUUCAGGGCCUACUUAUACUAUUGCAGAACCUUCCCACAAUCCACUGGGGUAACGAAGAAGUUGGCCUUCUUCUGGCUGAAGCGUACAGACUGAAGUACAUGUUUGCAGAUGCGCCCAGCCACUACAAGAGAUAGGCUUCCUCUGUACAGCGCACACAGUGCUUGUCUGUGAGUGUUCUGAUCAGCCCACAAAAACAGUCCUGAGAAACUGACUCCUCAUGGUGAAGGUCACACUGGACUCGAUGAUGAAUACGAAAUGAUGUUGCCAUUCUCCUUUGCAAUUUAACACUGGACUGUUACAGUAUAGAAGCACACACACCUGUCAUCUUACUCCAUUCAUGGAGCUCUUAAUUGUUUCUCCUGUUUAUGUUUUCAGAACAUUUUAAUUUUAAAGGAUGGUGAAUGUAUUUAGUGUCAUCCUUUUAAGAUGGUAUACGAAUUAUAUUUUUACAGACUUUUUUUAAGUUAUUGUUUUAAUAAGUACUAAAUAUUAGCUGUGAGCUAGAAGAUUAGGAUCAUGAAGUCUAAUACAUCGGAGUAGUUAAACACUGUAAAGAGUUUUAAAAUAGCAUAAAACCCCUCUCACUCCAAACUUUUCUUUGAGAUAAGUUUUAUAAGCAGCAUAGAAAAUUGAUGAAUGGAGGGUUACAAUUAUCCGCAAUGCACAAUCAGCUAAUUAAAGAAAGAGGAAUCUCAAGAUGGGUAAAUUUUGGAAUUUUGUACUUUGUGUAAUUGCAUUUA